UUUCUGCAUCCUCAGAUGUUGUGACUCAGUUGAAUGGGAUUUCACUGUAUUUCUUUCUGUCAGGUGGAAGGAUAUUCGAACCACAGUGGCUCACACAGGAUUGUCAGAUGGAUUUGACCAUGAUCUGGAUCUCUGGUUUGCCUACAUUCUGGGUGGCACUCGGUUGCCUUUCAUGCCUGAGACCAGCACUGCUACUCAAUACAGAGCGCAAGACCUACCUGAAACCACUUAGCGACGCUAAAAUCCCUCCACACAUCGUCUUUGUGAUGGUGGACGAUCAGGGCUUCAGUGAUGUGGGCUAUCAUGGUUCGGACAUCCACACUCCAGUACUGGACCAGCUGGCUGCUGAAGGGGUGAAGCUGGAGAACUACUACGUCCAGCCAAUCUGCUCGCCCUCUCGUAGUCAGCUCAUGACCGGACGGUACCAAAUUCGCACGGGCCUCCAACACUCCAUCAUCCGCUCACGCCAGCCCCUGUGUCUGCCCUUCGACACGCCCACGCUUCCCGAAAGGUUGCGUCAGGCCGGCUACAGCACCCACAUGGUGGGAAAGUGGCACCUGGGCUUCUGCCGUCGUGAGUGUCUGCCCACUAGCCGAGGCUUCCAGAGCUUUCUGGGUUCAUUGACUGGCAGCGGAGACCAUUAUAACUUCCAGAGCUGUGACGGAGCGGAAACCUGUGGCUUUGACCUGCACGACGGGGAACGGCCGGCCUGGGAAUUGAGCGGGAAUUACUCUACAUGGCUUUAUGCACAGAGGGUGAAAACGAUCUUGCGGACUCAUGAUCGUCGCCAGCCUCUGUUCCUCUAUGUGGCACUCCAGGCUGCUCACACUCCUUUGCAGGCUCCUGCUGAUCUCCUCCAGCGUUAUGCAUCUCUUGGGAAUCAGCCGCGCCGCCAUUACGCCGCCAUGCUGACUGGUGUGGACCAGGCUGUGGGUGAGAUUGUGGCGGAGAUGCGUAAUCGAGGCUACUAUCGCAACUCCGUGCUCAUCUACUCUUCGGAUAACGGAGGCCAGCCUUUGUCAGGUGGCUGCAAUUGGCCCUUGCGUGGAGGAAAAGGCUCAUACUGGGAGGGAGGAGUCAGAGCGGUGGGCUUUGUUCACAGCCCUCUGCUGAAAAUGAAGCAGAAGAUCAGUCGUGCUUUAAUACAUGUUUCGGAUUGGUACCCGACUUUGCUGUAUCUGGCAGGUUCUCCCGAGCCCGAGCCUCGGCGUUUAGAUGGGUGUAACGUGUGGGGGGCUAUUAGUCAGGGCCUACCUUGCCCUCGUACCGAAAUCCUGUUUAACAUCGACCCGGUUUCACGGCGCCACGGAGAACAUGAUCGCGCACAGUUGACUGUAAACGGCUUCGGGAUCUGGGACACGGGAGUGCGUGCAGCAAUUCGAGUGGGUGAAUGGAAGCUCCUGACGGGGAACGUGGGAGAUGGAGACUGGUUCCCCGUGCAGAUCCUGCCUGGAACUCGACAGCACUGGCAGGACAUGGAGAAGAGGCAGGACCAGCGUGGGAAGUCCGUGUGGCUCUUCAACAUUAGCGCUGACCCUUUUGAGAGGCGCGAUCUGGCUGAAGCUAGGCCUGAGGUGGUAAAGCUUCUGCUCUCGAGGAUUGCUGAGUAUAACCGCACUGCUGUGCCUCCAAGAAACCCACCAGAUGAUCCGAUGGCUGACCCUCAGCUUCAUGGAGGCGUCUGGAUGCCAUGGCUGGCAAAGAACGAUGAGGAGGGCAGAGAUGGAAAAAGAGCGACGGAUAGGCGCAGAUGGAAGCUUCGAUUCAAAACCUGCAAAGUGUGCAGACUGAGAGCUUUAUUUAGAAAGGUGGGAACACGGCUACAAAGAGCAGCUUUUUACUUUUAGGCAAAAAUGGAUAGGGAACGGGAGGCAAAAAUCUUCCAAGCUGGCUCUUGGCUUUUGCUUAACCAGGAAAUUUUUUCUGUUUAAUGAUAAAGGGCAGUGUGUGUAUGUGUCUCAAGCUCACAGGGUUGUGUAAGGGGCUUGCUUGCUCAUUCUGCUGUUGCCUGAAAUACAUAGUCAGCUCUGAUAUUAGUAAAGGGAAUGGGUGGUAAAGGGUGUAUACUUUUUGAAUGCUAGACAUUAGACAUGACAUUAGCAUGCUGGAGGAUGUUUAUUUUUUACUUUUCUGUCAUGUUUUGGCUGACUGGAUUAUUUCACAGUUACAGGAUGGACAAGCGAUCCUACAUUGAGCUGAGAUUUGGGUUGGAACUCAUAUUAAACUUCACAAGUCAGACGCACACAUCACACACAACUAACACAUCGUUAUAGCAGUCUACUGAUGGCUCCGUCGGGUUGAAAAAAAUAAU